AUGAAUGGUGGAGUCCGGUUAGAUUUAGAUCCUACCAAAUUUAAUGAAUCUUAUGGAGAUAUAAAAGGAAGUAAAAAUUACAGUGGAGUUCCAGAAGGUUAUACUUCUUACAAAUAUGCCAACUCUGGAAAUUCUCAAGCAUUUGUUCUUUUUGCUCUCUUGUUUAAGGAAAAAUUACUACCUGGAAUCUUACAAUAUCCGACCUCAGUUAUAUCUGUUAGAACAUACUUUGACACUAGUGGGACAAAGCUUCUGCUAAUAUACCUUACUGUCUCUGACGGAAAUCAUAAAUACUAUCUGAAUCCAGACACAGGAGAGGAACUUGAAAAUGUUAUUUUUACAGAAUUUGUUUCUAAGAAUAAAGAAACACUUAGUACCCCAGAGCUUACGAACGUACUCUAUAACAUAACUCUCUACCAUGGAUUCAACCUUAUACAAUUUAACAUAGAACAUGAAACUGAAACAAUAAAAGUUAUUGGGGGUAACAGUUAUCUUAUAUUUGAUCUUUCAAAAAUAACUAGUACCUAUAAAUCUGAGGUUACUCAGGAACAAGUCACUCUAUCACGUGCUAUUAAAAUAGAUCAUACAUAUUCCUCUAUCAAACAUCACACAAAGUAUAGCAGUUUUUAUGUCAAGGGUAUUAAGCUUGGCAAUAAUAGUGAAUAUAUGAAAGUGAAGGGAGGAUUUCCUAACGAUCCACUUACCGAAUUUAAUGUAUACUACACCCAUGAUAAAUAUGAUCCCUAUUUAGUUACUCUUAAGAUCACUUUUAUAGGCGGUGCUCAUAUUCCCAGUGAGUACUAUUUGACAAAAACUAAAAAGGAAGGCACUGGAGAGUGGGAUAUCAGAAAAGUGGGUUCACAUAUAGACAAAGUGGGAAUCAGCAAGAUACUCCGAAAUAUUUCAGAGAACAAUAGACUUGAUGUUUCUUCUAUAGAAGAUUCUGAUCUUAAGAACAAACUUGGAGAUAUCAGCAAGGGUUUGUCUAUUGAUCUUACUCUGGCUACUGAUAAUAUUGUGGGACAGACUAAAUCAUAUAAUUCAGAAGGAAUACGCAUUCCAUACAAGAAAGAGAAAAUUGAAAAUUACUGGAAAGUUAUACAUGCAUAUGGCAUGCCUAGUUUUAUUCUAAGCGGUAUCCAAGUUUCAACCAACCAGUUCAUAGAACCUGGCAAACUUCCUCCAUCUGGUACCUUAUUUGCGGCAUUUAAUGUCUAUUAUACCGGAGAAGACUACAAGGAGCCUGUUAUUAUCGAAGUUAUAUGUCUGUACGAUAAAUUUGAAAAUGGUUCACCCAGAUAUACCUAUUAUUACUCCCAAGAAUACUAUGAAGACAAAUGGGUAGGAUAUUUUCUCACUACAACGUUUAAGGAUAUCGCAACUGAUCUGCUAAAUGUCAUUGAGCAUGUUAAAAAGAAUAACCACAGAAUUAACCUUGGAAACCUUGGAGAACUUAAUGGCCAACUUACCAAGUACCCACCAGAUAAAAUCGAAUAUGGUAGGAACGGGAUAACUGACAUCGUUUUUGACCUUACCAAAAAGCCGAAGGGUAGUAAUAUUGAAUCUCAGACUAUAUAUCAAUCUAAUAUUAACGGUGUAGACGUUAAUCUAAAUCUUGACAGAUCAUCUAUUCCCGGAUACCAUAGAGUCAAACAUUAUCUUCCUCCUGAUGUUGGUAAAUCCUUAAGCAUUGGAGGUAUAAUGCUCCCAAGUAAGACUUAUAUGAAAGUAGAUAAAGGAUUUCCGAAUGAUCAUACUAUGAACUUUUUUGCAUACUACAACAAAAGUGAUAAAACAUAUGAUGAUCCUCUCCUUAUAACACUUACAAUCUCUAAUGUAGAGGCAGAUCCAGAGUCUACUCCUGACAUAUACCUGAUUGUAAAAACUGGAAAAGGUACUAAAUGGGACGUAUAUCUAGCCCGUAAAUUGGAAGAGGAUGAUGACAAUAAUGACCUUACAGCCAUACUCCAAAACGCAUCCAACAGAGGAUUUAACUUUGAUGAACUUGAAGAACAGGUAAAAGGUAGGCUCAUAAAGUAUACACCAGUUGAACAUAUUACUUCUGGAAAAUCUACACUGCGAAAAGUUCUUGAAGGAUUCGGAGGGACUACUGCAGGGGGCCUUGCUACUGCUGAAGCAGUAAACUAUACACUUAACACUGGGUGGAGUAUAUUCAGAAGGGUAACCGCCAUCUUCACUGCUGCCAUAUAG